AAUAAAAUGGGACAAAAAUUAACUAUCUUAGCAAUGGAAAUUUUGAACUUAGUUGUGAUCAAAAGUCCACUCGCUGUAUACCUCUCUAUAGGAGCCACUGAUAGUACUGAAUAUAAUUUUGGGGCCAACCAUGUACCUAAUUGUCAUGCCAUCCAGCCCAUACUUAAUUAGCCUGCUAGUUAAUGUGAUAUGGAGCACUUUAUUAAACAUUUUGUUUCAAUCAAAGUAUAUUUUUAAGAUUAUCACAACCUAGCAAGGAAUCUACCAAUCAAAAAAAUGAACUUGGGUUAUGCUGGCAAGAUUUGAUCUUGAUUAAUUCACAUUGACGUGGUAAUUGUUGCAUUGUUUUCAAAGAGCCUAGGGAUGGAUCUCUUUAUCCCCUCUGAGAUCUUCCCAAAUAUCAAUGUCAGGUUGACAAUUGCAUAGUUUGCUUUUCCUUCUUUGAAGAUAGGAGCCAUAUAUGUUCUCAUAAAGGUAAGAUAGCCCUAAAUUUAACAUUCCUGCAAAAGGAAAUACAGGGGGGAGGGUCAGAUUUUUGUCAAUCUAGGGAUGCUAGUUGUAGCUGAAAUUACUCUUGGAAAUUUACCGUUACCCAACAAAGUGUGUGACUACCUUUUAUGUAUGUAUAGAUAGUUUUUGAGUAAUGAAACAUACACAUUAUGAUUGAAAAUGGUGACAGCUAUUAAAUGAGAUAGCCUCGCAUAACACCCCCACAUCCUUGCUCUUCCUGAUAUGGCCAUUAAAUGAACAUGUAGUCUGUUAAGCAGUGCAUGGGGUGCCUUGGGUGGGGAAUAGCCCCUGAAGACUUAGUGCAAACCUGGGCCUCCCAAGACCACCUCCAGAUCCCAAGACACCUUGUGCUACACUUCUUGAAACAUUGCAGCCUUUUCCUCCCCCAACGGUCCCCAUAGGCUUUUUCACCUUUCACCAGGUCCCCAUGUACCUUAGAACCUAAUCACACCAAGACUCCACACCUUUCUCCUCACUUUUUGAAGAUCUCCAAUGCUCAUGUUGGGGAGUGAGGGCAACCAACCUGUACCUGGGCCAUGUGAUUGCUUCCUGGAAGUAGCCAUCAUUUUCAGCAGCUCGCAAUUCCUAACGCAGCAAAAUGGAAUGGUUCAUCUAUGAGCUGUGUAGCAGCCUACUGGCACCAGACACCAUUUUGAGCCCCCCGCUUUUGGGUCACUGCCACGUGGGCAAGGAAAAUUGUGUUUUGCUGUCUUAAGAAAGCUGCUGCAGCACUGUCCAGACCACAUUAAGACAGCAAACUGGAAUGGUUUGUUCUGGCUGGCUGGCUGGCUAACCCAAGAUCCCCCAGCUGGCUUCAUGUCUUAAGAGGAGACUAGCACUCCUGUUCUUACGUGCUAGAAGAGAGUGGGAUUUACUCUCAUUUUAUAUACUAGUGGCAUGCCCUAUCAUUGUUGAAGCGAGUGGUCUUGGUGAUUCCCUUUACAGAAUAACAGAAUUGAAAGGGAUCUUGAAGGUCUUCUAGUCCAGGAUACCUAACUCCUUGCCACAGCCCACUACAGGGCCAUUCCUAUUUGGAACUGGGCUAGGUGAGUGGCUAGGCAGCGCAUGUGUGCAUACAGCUCAAAUUGCACAAGUGGUGGGCGGAUCGACAUUCACAUGUGUGUGUUGGCCUGCUACUGCACAAGUUGGGCUGUGUAUGCACAUGCGCACUGGCCUGCCACUCAGCCCAGUCCCACCACCACCACCACCAGCAGCCAGGCCACCAAGCCACAAAGGUUGGGGACUGCUCUUCUAGUCCAAUUCAUGUAGUACAAGUCUCUCCCAUCAGCUGGCAAAUAAUUGGGAGAAAGAUAAAUUUGUUUUUGCUAAUCUCUUUAAUAAAUCUUUUGCCUACUUUCUUUAGAGGAGUGACACCAAUCUAAAAUUAUUUAGGAGUUAAUAUGGAAAACAAGUUGUUAAAUGGAUUAUUUUUUUGGCUCAAAUGCCAGCUUUUCACAAUUGUUACACAGUCUUAAUAUAAAGGCUUGAUGCUAAUUUUUUUAAUAAGGCAACAACUAAAAUGGUAUUAAAAUAACAUUUUAAUUAGCAAUCUUAGAAACUGAAAAGAGGUUUGUAAAUCACUGCUUGUUCUUAAAUUUAUAAUGUAAGCAACUUUUAAUUUACUGUGGAAAGUCAUUAAACAAUUUCUAGAUUGAACUAUCUUUAAAAUGGUAUAUUAAUUGGUGGGGUUUUUUUUAGGUUUUGUAGUUGGAUGUAAUUUAAUCUGAUAAAUUUGAUCUCUGUGGCCAAUGUACAUUUAAUUACUUAUUUUUGGUUACAUGUUUUAGAGAAAGUUGGAAAAACAACACAAUAUUGAGUCAUUAUUUCUAAAGUUAUUGUCCUUUUUUCUCUUAUAAAUGGUGUGACAUAAAUAAUCAAUUUUCUAUUGUAAUUAGCUGACAAAUUUAUUGUAUCAAAAUACUGGAAAGUUAAAAUAUUGAAUCAAUAUUUAAAAGUGUCAGAAAUAAGAGAAGUUAACAAAGAAGAUAAUACUACAAAUAUAAAAAAAUCAUGUAAGGACCAGGUUACUCACAUUUAAUGACCAUUUUUAUUCUAUUCACAAACAAUUCUUACUAGAUUAUCUUCAUCUUUACAAAAAUAUUAACUAUAUGAAAAAAUAAUAUUUUCAAAGAUGAUACAUGUUACUCUGCCUUUUUCCUAUUUAAAAAUAUUUAUUAACAUAUCUAGAAGUUUAAGCAAUUUUACAUAGUGCUUUGCACAAAGCAUGCUUUGGCAUUGUAUCUGAACUGAACUAGCUUUGAAGUGAUAUUAAAUAAUUUUUAAUUAAUGAUUGCUUUUCUAAAUUGCAGUUAGUAUUUAUUAUUUCCAAAUGAAUAUUAUAUUACAUGAAUGAUAUGUCCACUGGCAACUGUUGUGAAUAUUUUGUAUUCUUGUAUAAUUAAAGUACAAUAUUGUGUAUUCUGAAAUUGGAAUUUUUUACUAGCAUAACCUCAGAAUGAUUAGUAAAUCCAAAUGAGAACAAGAACAUUUGUUUUGUAUGGUGUUAAUAUGUACACUAAGCUCAUUGGAAAACAUUAUGAGAACCACUAAAUCAAACAGUUUCUUAUAAUGAAGUGUGAGACAUUUCUAAAUAUAGAGAUUGCUACCAGCUUCCUUUGUAAUCCCAUUAGUUCAAGUGCUAAAUUUAAAAAAACGCUGCCAAGAAUUGUUUUUAAUGUCAGCUACCAGAUUUGUUCUAAACCAAUGUGAGACAUUUUUUCCCUGCCAGGUUGUGAGAAAUUGAGAUUGUCUGGUUUGAACCAUAUGGACCUAUGAUUUAUAGUUUCUAUAAAGAUUUAUUUACAUAUACUUUUCCUAAAUGGAUUUGAAUUCCUGUAAAGGAAUUGUAGAUGACAGGAGCAAACUUUUAGUGGACUAUAAAGAUGCAGCUUAUAAUAUUAGCAUUUAUUUGGAUAAGUUCUUCAUAAAAUAGGUUUAAUUUAAACUGAAUUGUGGUCACUAAAAAUAGUUAUUCUUUGUUACCAAAAUUGCUGUUUGAAAACUCUGAAGACAGACUUUUGUGAAAUCCUGAAAAUCCUAUGUGACUUAAAGACAUUUUUGCAGUUAUAGGGGGGCCUACUUUGCAUAACUGUUUUUAGAGAGUGCUAUGAUGCCAUGUGUUUUGCCUGGUUUAAUGAAGAUACUGAUAUCAGAACUGAUUUUUUUUAAAAAGGAGAAUAUAGAAUGAUCUAGCAUUUCUAGACAUAAACAGAAUAGAGAAAUGAACACUAGAUAGUGGUAGAAGUAGUGAGGAGAUUUUCCUGGGAUGGCAUCCCUUUAGCUAUAGAUAGCAAACCUAAAGCUCCUUACAGAGAAACCUCUUACUAGCCAUUUUCCACAAAUGGUACAUACACCUCAAAGGUACUUAGUGAAAAUCCUUCAGAGGUAUUUAAUAGUGGAGUCAGCAGUCUCCCUCCUAUUCUUUGAAGCUUGUACAUAUAACCAGGUGGUGGCACAAAAAAGCAAAACGCAGAGAAAUACCGGAAGAUUUCCCCAGUGUUUUUACCUCAGCAAGCUCUGCUACUCCAAUUGAUUGCCAAGAUGUGUGAUAUGGGGGGACUUGAUAAUCUGAUCGCCAACACAGCAUACUUGCAGGCCAGGAAGUCUGGAGAUGUGGAUGUCAAGGAUAUGCAAAAGCGGCGCAAGAGCAUUAACCUACCUAAGGUUGAGGAAUGUGUUGAAAUUAAGAGUUCAAUUUCUCUGGAAUAUGAGAACAUUUGUGAGCAGCAGCCCAUUGGGAAGAAAUUUUUCAAAGAAUACCUGAUGACUGAGCCUGAAUACCAGUUGGCCCAAGAAUUCUUGGAUGAAAUUUUUGCUUGGGAGUUAUCAGAAGAUAGCAUCAAGAAUAGUCUCCUCGAGGGCAUAUUCAACAUCUAUCUGAAGAAUGUUAGCAACACUUACUUGAAAUUUCUUAGUACGGACCUAUCCAACAAGUGCCAGUCAGCCUCCGCAAAUGAUUUUGAGAACCUCCUGCAGUCGGCCAGGGAAGAGACAAAAGGCUUUCUUAAGGGAAAACCCUUUGAGGGCUUCCAGGCCAGUCCAUUCUAUGAGAAAUUCUUGCAGUGGAAAAGCUAUGAGCGACAAACUAUAAAUGAUAAAUUCUUUGAAGAGUUCCGAACAUUAGGCAAGGGAGGCUUUGGCGAGGUUUGUGCUGUCCAGGUGAAAUGUACCGGGAAGAUGUAUGCCUGCAAGAAGCUGGACAAAAAAAGAUUGAAGAAAAAAAAGGGUGAAAGCAUGGCUCUUCUUGAAAAGGAGAUACUUGAAAAAGUCAACAGUCGUUUCAUUGUCACGCUAGCCUAUGCUUUUCAAAGUAAAACUGCUUUAUGUCUCGUCAUGAGCCUCAUGAAUGGUGGGGACCUUAGAUAUCACAUUUACAAUGUGGGAGAAAGAGGCUUGGAAAAGGAUAGAGUCAUGUUCUACUCAGCUCAGAUUAUCUGUGGGAUACUGCACCUCCACUCCAUUAAAAUUCUCUACAGGGACAUGAAGCCAGAAAAUGUCCUUCUGGAUGAUAAUGGUCAUUGCCGAUUGUCUGAUCUUGGUUUGGCAGUAGAAGUCAAGGAAGGCAAAAAAAUCAACAACAAGGCUGGAACUAAUGGAUACAUGGCUCCUGAAAUCUUAAAGGAGGAAAGUUACAGUUAUCCUGUAGAUUGGUUUGCUAUGGGGUGCAGUAUUUAUGAAAUGAUUGCUGGUCGAACACCAUUCAAGGAUUUCAAAGAAAAAGUUGAAAAAGAGGAAGUUAAAAAAAGAACCCUAAAUGACGAAGUGCAGUUCCAGCACCCUAAUUUUGAUGAACCAAUAAAAGAAAUCUGCAAACUCUUCUUGGCAAAGACUCCUGAAAGUCGUUUAGGAAGCAGGAAUGAUAAUGAUGAUCCCAGGAAACAUGAAUACUUCAAGUCAAUAAAUUUUCACAGGCUGGAGGCAGGUCUUAUUGAUCCUCCCUUUGUGCCAGAUCCAUCAGUCGUCUAUGCCAAAGAUGUUGCAGACAUUGCUGAUUUUUCUGAAGCUAAAGGAAUUGAGUUUGAUGACAAAGACAUUGAAUUCUUUAAGAAAUUUUCUACUGGUGCUAUCCCAAUACCCUGGCAAGAAGAAGUUAUUGAAACGGGACUCUUUGAAGACCUGAAUAAUCCCAACAGAGUAAUUGAAGUUGACUCCAAAUCUGGAAUUUGUUUACUCCUAUAAAUCUUAAAUUAAUAACAUAAAAAGUGGGCAUUCAUAAUUGAAUCUUUCAAGAUUUCAAAGGCUCAAAGAAGUUUAACGAGCUGUCACUGACAUCAUGAAGGAAAGCUGAUUAAUCUGUCCUUUUCCGUGCUGGAAAUUUUAUGACAAAACUUCGAGAUUCUUUUAUAAUAGUGAAAUAAUUUAAGAACUUGUGAUGGUUUGUGGACAAACAAUCGUAGCUAUUAGAACAGAGCACUCUAUUUUGGACUAUCACUCUUUUAUUACAAUUCCAUAGUAACACAACCUCUUUACAAAAUGGACCCUAUUCUUACAAAGAACAAAAUUGAAAUUGAUUUCAGUGAUGUAGAGAACUCAGAACAUUUAUUUAAAGUGUUUUCAGGCGCAGAACUAUUUAAAAAAGCAGCAUGCAAUUCUUCAAUUUCUUUUCCUUAAGUUGAAAAUAAACUUUAGAACUGGUGGGGAAAAGUGGGAAGUUUACAAAUAAAAGAGGAAAAUAUCUGGAUCUCAUAUAAAAUGAUGUGAAUAAGAUGGCAAUUACAUAAUAAAACACUCAUCUGGAAGAACUAGUUUAUCUGCAUUGUAGAUUUAGCAUUAAUUUAUCAAGGAUAUUUUUAAUACUGAUUUCAAUUUCCUAUCACAUUUCUUGAUAGGAUCUUUUCACAUUGAUGAAAACCAUAGUUUAAAUUAAACAACUUGAUCACACCAGUUUGUAACUGGUGUUUAAGUAGUCAAAUACAAAUGGAAUAGAAAUGUUUAUUCAGUGAGCAGUGAAUUUAAUUCAAUUUGUUAACAAUGUUUACAAGUGCAUUAAAACUUUGCAAAAGAAUAUAGUUAUAGUUGUAUACCAUAAAUAUAAUCAUCUGGUUCUUAUAAAAUGCUUUGUGAAUGUCUCAUACCCAAAAUCCAUUUCUGACAUUGUGAAACUAGCUUGUUCAGACCAAAGAAUGUGCAUUAAAAAUGUUGGAAUUCUUCAUUGAGUGUAAGCUAUCACACAAAUAGCUUGCCCGAGAGUCCAUUUCCAUGUUUGCACUGGAAAUUAUUUAUAAAAGGAAAAGUUCACUCAAUUCACCCUCCCCAAUCUCUUAGGUUUUUUUUUUUUUUAAUGGCCUCUCUGCAAAACAAAACAAAAAAAUAAAAUAAGAUGAAAAGAGUUAGAUAUCUUGGGGGAAUUGAUGGCUGGAGAAUCUGCAGAGCUAUACUCUCAUGAACUUGAAACAAUAAAAUACCGGUAUAUCCAUAGUGACGUUUCAGAGUACUUUCCAACUUGUCUCCAAACUUAUUAUUGCCACUCUGUUUUGGCAACACAAACUUACUGAAAUGUUUCUGAUUCAAUACAACAAUCAAGUAAAAUAAAUACUUAUUCCAGUUUA